UGGGGAAUCGACAAUGGUUUCUGUAACAAUAACUCCUCAAGCGGAAUCGUGCCCGGCAACUGAAAUUGAGCAUCCCCAAAAUUCCUAUUGUAUCGAUGGAAGAUGUGACACAGAUAUGUGGUCAUAUAUUCCUGUAAGUGUAGUAUACGUUCGAUCACCACGUGAUGCCAAUGUCUUACACUCCAACCCUGUUCACAAUAACCAACCCCAAUUCAAUAUGGACGUCUACAGCGGGAACAUUUUUGCAACAGCUAACUCAUCCACACAUAAGAACUGUGCUAAUGGUGGCCCUUGCUGUACAAACAACAGAGGGGUAUACCUCCAUGGCUUGGGUCUGAACUACCAGGGUUCUUAUAAAGAGUUUGUUUUCAUUGACCCACGGAUGCCCAUAUCGUCAGUGGAAGCUUGCGUGGGCAUACCUAAUCCACAAAAACAUGGAGACGUUAAAGUCAGACUUAGAGCGUCUGAUAGCUGUGGUCGUGUUUGUAAACCAUUUUGUGGACAAUAUGAUCCGAGUAAUCUACUUCGGCCAGCAUCGUAUAAGCCAUGUAACGGCGAUAUCCUCGUUGAUUCCCAGUCACCACGUAUGUUUAGCAAUUCAUUUAGAGAAGCAGUAAACGCACAAUGGGAUCUCUUUAAUAUAGAUGACGCUUCUCGAUUACCGUUACGUCAACAAAAAUAUGACUUUGUCACAUUUUAUUGCAAUCACGAAAUCUCAGAUAAGCAUCCUACAACAACUGAAUCUCAUAUACAUCAUAAGCCCGAAUACCCUCCUACAUCAAGGGCACCAAUAGUCGAACCUGAAAUACCAAUUAUAGUCGAACCUGAAUUUCCAAAUAUUGUGGAACCUGAAUUCCCAGUUAUAGUUGAACCUGAAUUUCCAGUUAUAGCCGAACCUGAAUUUCCAGUUAUAGUUGAACCUGAAUUUCCUAUAGCCAAACCAGAAAUACUUACUGUUGAACCAGAUAUACCUUUCGCUGAACCCGAAUUUACAAAAGCUGAACAAUUGCCCCGAAUAAUUAAUCCAGAAAUAUCAGUGCUGCCGGAGAUUCGUAUACCUGAUAUUUCAGUUUUAAACCCACAAUACCCGGUAGUUAGGCCAGAACCUCCGAUAGUGAAACCAGAACCUCCAAUUGUGAAACCAGAACCUCCGAUAGUGAUACCAGAACCUCCAAUAGUGAAACCAGAACCUCCGAUAGUGAAACCAGAACCUCCGAUAGUGAAACCAGAACCUCCCAUUGUGAAACCAGAACCUCCCAUAGUGAAACCAGAACCUCCCAUAGUGAAACCAAAAGUAUAUGUAGCAGUGACACCGAAACGUGUCAUGCCGACUCCAAAACCCCAGAUACCGAAUAUUUAUAAUCCAGAUUCAGUAUUCAAUUUCCCUUCUCUUUUGAUGCCCUUUGUUCCUAGCUCUGUAAAAAAGAGAUACUACAAUGAAAGAAAGGUACCUGUAACUCCUAAACCCGAUUUAAAUUCUAUAUUUGCGUCUGCUGGUUAUUACCCAAGGCAAAAUUCUAGAUAUUACAACCAAUACAGUUCCAUUCCUGGUAGAAAUCCACUCGGAAAAUCCUCUUUCUGGAGCUACAACAUGCCAAAUUAUUUUGGUUAAUUUAAACAUUUAGAAAGAAAAUGUGUCAACUGUUUAAACGAACUUUUGAAUGGUUAACAUACUUCUUUAUAUUCUGUUCACGUGCUCUGGGUUGCCCAAUGUACCUGAAGACUUAUACCCACGAAGCAAUGGGCAAAUCUACACAAAUUAUUCUGAAUGGAGCUUGAAUGGAGUUAUCUCUAGUGAGGUCGCAGUGCAAUCAUACGGCAAAAAUAUUAAGAGAAAAGGUAGUUUCUGUUCAAACUGAAAGUUUGUGCAUAAA